UCCGCAGCUAUGAUUUUUAACACCAUGCCCCGGGCCAGGAGCCUCAGGGUGCCCGUUCAGGAAAAUGGGAGCCGAAUCAGGAUCACCCCAUGCGCCCCCGCACCCUUCCCCCGCCGGUUCCAACGCCCGGGCGCCCCUAGACCGGGGGGGGGGGUUCUGAGGUGGACUUCCUGCGCCUCCUCGCAGCUUCCCUCCAACUCCACUAAACGGGCACAGAGACGCCACCGCUGUCCCAGAAGCAGUCGGCUACCGGUCCCCGCUCUCGAGCUCCGCCAGAGCGCGCGAGGGCCUCCAGCGGCCGCCCCUCCCCCACAGCAGGGGCGGGGUCCCGCGCCCACCGGAAGGAGCGGGCUCGGGGCGGGCGGCGCUGAUUGGCCGGGGCGGGCCUGACGCCGACGCGGCUAUAAGAGACCACAAGCGACCCGCAGGGCCAGACGUUCUUCGCCGAGAGUCGUCGGGGUUUCCUGCUUCAACAGUGCUUGGACGGAACCCGGCGCUCGUCCCCCACCCCGGCCGGCCGCCCAUAGCCAGCCCUCCGUCACCUCUUCACCGCACCCUCGGACUGCCCCAAGGCCCCCGCCGCCGCCCCAGCGCCGCGCAGCCACCGCCGCCGCCGCCUCUCCUUAGUCGCCGCCAUGACGACCGCGUCCACCUCGCAGGUGCGCCAGAACUACCACCAGGACUCAGAGGCCGCCAUCAACCGCCAGAUCAACCUGGAGCUCUACGCCUCCUACGUUUACCUGUCCAUGUCUUACUACUUUGAUCGCGAUGAUGUGGCUUUGAAGAACUUUGCCAAAUACUUUCUUCACCAAUCUCAUGAGGAGAGGGAACAUGCUGAGAAACUGAUGAAGCUGCAGAACCAACGAGGUGGCCGAAUCUUCCUUCAGGAUAUCAAGAAACCAGACUGUGAUGACUGGGAGAGCGGGCUGAAUGCGAUGGAGUGCGCAUUACAUUUGGAAAAGAAUGUGAAUCAGUCACUACUGGAACUGCACAAACUGGCCACUGACAAAAAUGACCCCCAUUUGUGUGACUUCAUUGAGACACAUUACCUGAAUGAGCAGGUGAAAGCCAUCAAAGAAUUGGGUGACCACGUGACCAACUUGCGCAAGAUGGGAGCGCCCGAAUCUGGCUUGGCAGAAUAUCUCUUUGACAAGCACACCCUGGGAGACAGUGAUAAUGAAAGCUAAGCCUCAGGCUAAUUUCCCCAUAGCCGUGGGGUGACUUCCCUGGUCACCAAGGCAGUGCAUGCAUGUUGGGGUUUCCUUUAUCUUUUCUAUAAGUUGUACCAAAACAUCCACUUGAGUUAUUUGAUUUGUACCAUUCCUUCAAAUAAAGAAAUUUGGUACCCA